AUCUUCAUUUUGAUGGCAAUUUCGAUUUUUGUUGGUUUUUGAACGCAAAACUAACCAUUAUUUGUGCUCAUGUUGCCCCUUGGGAAAAUCGUAGAUUAGUUUUGAGCAAAGAAAGAUUCAUGGGUUGGGUUGAGGUAUAAGGUUCCAUUUGAUGUGGAGCAUUUUCGGGUAAUCUGUACUGUAAGAUUAAUGAAGAUGGUAGUGGGGAAAUUAAUCAAACGUUUUGUUCUUAAAGUGAUAAAGAGGAUGUGGGAAAAGAAUUUGUAUGAUGGCAUUUACUUUGGCCUCUGUUUCGUAAAUUGAAGGGAGGACCGUGAAGAAUCAAAUUGGCUGAUCUGGUGCAACUCAUGACUGCCCAGAUUUAUACUGCAGGUCAAGUUCAGUUCAAGCGCACUCACAAUGGGGAGAAGACCUGCUAGGUGUUACCGACAAAUUAAAAACAAACCAUACCCUAAGUCACGAUUUUGUCGUGGUGUCCCCGAUCCUAAGAUCAGGAUCUAUGAUGUUGGAAUGAAAAAGAAAGGAGUUGAUGAAUUUCCAUUCUGCGUCCACCUCGUGAGUUGGGAGAAAGAAAAUGUGUCAAGUGAGGCUUUGGAAGCAGCCAGGAUUGCCUGCAAUAAGUAUAUGGCUAAGUUUGCUGGGAAGGAUGCGUUCCAUUUGAGGGUCAGGGUGCACCCCUUCCAUGUUCUGCGAAUUAACAAGAUGCUGUCAUGUGCUGGGGCUGAUAGGCUCCAAACUGGCAUGAGAGGUGCAUUCGGCAAACCACAAGGAACCUGCGCGAGAGUGGCCAUCGGUCAGGUGCUCCUCUCAGUUCGCUGCAAGGACAGCAACAGUCAGCAUGCUCAGGAGGCCCUCCGCCGGGCUAAGUUCAAGUUCCCUGGUCGUCAGAAGAUCAUUGUUAGCAGGAAGUGGGGAUUCACGAAAUUCAGCCGAGCUGAUUAUCUGAAUUACAAGGCAGAGAACAAGAUUCUUCCCGAUGGUGUUAACGCGAAACUUCUUGGAUGCCAUGGGCCUCUAGCAAACCGGCAGCCUGGAAGAGCUUUUCUACCUCAAACUGCCUAAAGACAGUUGUUUUCUUGUUUAAUUCAACUCGGAAUCAAUGCUGACAGUAUUACCAUUGAUCUGUUUGAACUUCUGUGAAAUUUCCCCAUUUGAUACUCUUUUAUUUUUUACUAUAGAAGAUUGGAGUUUGCUUUUGAAAUCUCUCUAUCUAGUCUCCAAUGAUUAUACUGGGGAAAUAUAGUUCUCCUUUAUUGUUUUUCUUAUCUCUUUUAUUGUCAUGAUAUAACUGGUUGUUGCUGGAAGAGAAGGUGGAUUUUGUGUAAAAAA